CAUGCGCUGGGGGGUUGGCUUUGCCUCGUCCAGGCCGUGCGUGGUGGAUCUGAGCUGGAACCAGAGCGUCUCCUUCUUCGGCUGGUGGGCCGGGUCCGAGGAGCCCUUCUCCUUUUAUGGGGACAUCAUCGCUUUCCCUUUGCAGGAUUACGGUGGGAUCAUGGCAGGGCUGGGCUCCGAUCCCUGGUGGAAGAAAACCCUUUACUUGACCGGGGGAGCUUUGCUGGCCGCAGCUGCGUAUGUGCUCCACGAACUCCUGGUCAUUAGGAAACAGCAAGAGAUUGACUCCAAAGAUGCUAUUAUUUUGCAUCAGUUUGCAAGACCUAACAAUGGUGUUCCCAGUUUGUCUCCUUUCUGUUUAAAAAUGGAAACUUAUUUAAGGAUGGCUGACUUACCCUAUCAGAACUAUUUUGGUGGAAAACUCUCUGCUCAAGGGAAAAUGCCUUGGAUCGAGUAUAAUCAUGAAAAAGUUUCUGGCACGGAAUUCAUAAUUGACUUUCUGGAAGAGAAACUUGGAGUGAAUUUAAACAAAAACCUCGGCCCUCACGAAAGAGCCAUCUCCAGAGCGGUGACCAAGAUGGUGGAAGAACACUUCUACUGGACAUUAGCUUAUUGCCAGUGGGUGGACAAUCUCAAUGAGACCCGGAAGAUGCUCUCUCUUAGUGGUGGUGGUCCCUUCAGCAACCUGCUGAGGUGGGUCGUGUGCCACAUAACGAAAGGAAUUGUGAAACGCGAAAUGCACGGCCACGGCAUUGGCCGCUUCUCUGAGGAAGAGAUUUACAUGCUGAUGGAGAAGGACAUGCGGUCGUUAGCAGGGCUCUUGGGUGAUAAGAAGUACAUCAUGGGGCCCAAGCUUUCCACUCUUGAUGCCACUGUCUUUGGACACUUGGCACAGGCGAUGUGGACCUUACCAGGGACAAGACCGGAGCGACUGAUCAAAGGUGAGCUGAUCAACCUCGCCAUGUACUGUGAACGGAUAAGGAGGAAGUUUUGGCCAGAGUGGCACCAUGAUGAUGACAACACCAUCUAUGAGUCUGAAGAGAGUAGCGAAGGCAGCAAAACCCAUACUCCCCUGCUGGAUUUUAGCUUCUACUCAAGGACAGAGACCUUUGAAGAUGAGGGAGCAGAGAACAGUUUUUCCAGAACCCCAGACACGGAUUUCACUGGACACUCGCUGUUUGAUUCUGACGUGGACAUGGAUGACUACACAGACCACGAACAGUGCAAGUGACGGCCAGCCCGUUGGCCCUCUUCCUUCGGAGCUGCCACUCCCUGGGGUUGGUCCAGUUUCCCAGGUAGAAAUCCAUCCGAGCUGGGAGGAGACCUUCGUUCUUGGCACAGUUUCCACAUGCUAACUGGACUGUAGCCGCCUUAUUUCUUUUUUGUACAAACAAGACACAGAACAAUUCAGAUGGCUCCAUUUAAAACAAACAGGCCAAAAAAAAAAAAAAAAAUUAAUAAUGUCAGCAUGGUUCCUGAGAUCCAUUUUUGUUUUCAUUAGAAAACUAAUAUUGUGUGGUAGAGAAGGCAAAAGAGCAGGUUGUCAACUGAUAAUGUUCACGCUGAUCCUCGUCAACUGAGGGCUUAGUGACAAGAUGGUUUCUUGAACCUCUUUCAUCCGCCAGGGUUUGAAGUGAUGAGAGAUAUCAUCAGAAAAAAACUGUAGGAGAUCAAUGUUUUAUGGGUGGCUGCUUGUAAUUUAUGUGUGUAUAUUGUUAUGUUGAGACCUAAGUCAAAUAAAAUCCACAGCAAUUCGAUGAACACCUACUAUGUGCAAAGCACUGAGCUAGGUGCUAAUCAGUACACGUUUUAUUCUAAGUUUUGCCAGUGACGGGAUGUGUGAUUUUGAGCAAGUCUUUUAACUAUUGUGUGCCUCAUUUCUCCCACCUGAAAAGUGGGGAUGACAAUACUCUCCACCUACCUACCUCACAGGGGUGUCGUGGGGAUUCAUGCAGUAACAAUCGUAUGGCGCUUUAAACUUCUUGGAAGUGGUGCGACAUAAACACAACAUUUUAUUCUUUAUCGCACUUCAUAUGUGUGAAGAUGUGAAGGCCAGGGAAUUCCAUAUCCAGGCAACAACAACCAGGGUCAUGUGCACAAGGCAAGCGGGUGAAGCACACACAAAGGAAUGGUCAGGACUUUGACAUCAUUCUUCUUUGUAAUCUUGCCUGAAUCAAAAUCUUUUGUUGAAAGAACAUUGAAAAUGUUUUUACAAACUAUCAACAACUACAGUCAUCAGUUCCACAGUGUAUUUGCAGAAAAGGGUUCUUUUCGUUGCCUGAGCUCACACUGGCAUGUUGUUCUUUGUUGACUGCAGAGUGCUAAGCUGCCUGCGUUUGAUUUAUUUGGAGAGAAUAAAUCUCAGGAAUAUGGUGGGUUUCAUAGAGGUGAAGAGGAAACUUUUUGACAGAUUUUUGUAAGCAAAAGCUUGCUAACUUAUAAUGUCUUGUUAAACACAAAUCUUGCAAAGAUGUAUUGAAAAAAUGAAGUAGGAAGAGGUUCGUGUUACUUGUAUUAUAGCACUCUGUACAGUGAUAGACUAUGCAGUUUUAUUAAUGCAACCUUUCUGGCGUUUUCAGCCAUUGCCCAGUGAGAGGAGGACAGCUGAGGGCGAAGCUUAGUGUUUCUCCCUUCUCUUCUCUGUUCUCCCUCUCCACCCCCCGCCCCCCAGCUCCAAAGAGCACACUAACUGCUGGGUUAUCCAUGUUUGUGAAGGCACUCUAUCUCUAAAGACAUAGUCUUUGUUGGCUCAGCUAUUUUCCAGGGAAAUAUGGGCAAAGAUCCUGGGGUAAUGACUGUGGAUUUGGGCUAGGACAGUGUUAAGGUUUACUCUCACAGACAAACUGUUUUGCUUCUGACGGACUAGGUAAGGAUUGUGCAUGAUGGGGUCAGAGAGGCACUUCUUAAAAGAUGGCAACUUCAGAAAAUUUAUGUACUUACUUGAAAAAAAAACUCUUUGAAUAUAGCAUUUAUAAAACAAUCUUAAAAGACUACUGUAGGUUCACAAAGAACAUUUUGAGGCUGUUUACCAAGUAAGCAAUUGUGUAGGGCACUUGUAACUGGAAAUAAAUGCUGAGAUACCAUAAGUUCGAAAUUUUGAUUCUACAGAAAAUGUAGUUUUUGAUAUCUUGUUAAAAACCAUUUAUAUUUGAGGGGACUAUUUGAUGCCUAAUGAGAAUUUGGUGGAGAAGACAUGAAUGAAUAAGCCUGUUUUGAGUCUCAGUGUCAUUUGGAGGGGUUAUUUCCCACUCCUCUAGAAAGUGUGUCCUAAGGUCAACUGGUAGCACUUCUGUGUGACUAUAGACACUCCUGGACUGAAAAUGUGAUUAUAAUGAAUGGGUAGACUGUAGACCUGUCUUCACAAAGACUGAGCUUCCCUUUUCCUAUCACAUUUCAGUUAGAAAGAAAUAUGUUUGAAAUUUGCGCUACAAGCCAUCUGUUCUUACGGUAUAGUUCCAAGUGUGGUGUGUUUUUACUCCAAGAAUGAUUAAGUUAUGAGUAUGUAGACUUAUGUGUGUGUGUGUGUGUAUGUGUAUAUAUAUAUUAAUUGGACAGCAACUAUGUGGAAAACCAAUUUUCAAAGUGAAGUUUUAAACAAUUCAUUCCAUCUAGGUACCUCCUACAGGGGUGUAUGGAUGUUGCCACCUGGAGUCUUAGGCACUUGCCUGACAGCUUCUGACUGGGCACUCAACAUUUUGUAGGUUUCAACUUGAUUUAAACCUAGGAUAUACCUCAACUUUACUUUCCCAAGAUGAGUUAAGAAAACAAAAUGAUCAAGCCUAAAUCACCAUGGUGUGGGUCUUUAUUGAGAAGAAUUUAAUUUUAUGUGCUUCAUUCUUAAGCUACCCAGAUUUGAAAUGCUCUCCAAUUUGAUGAACAUGUGCUACUUAUAAGAAAAAACAAAACAAAACAAGAGGUUUGAGGACAUUUUGGUCAUCUGGCUUACUUGAUCAACUUCUGUGUUUCUUUUUGCUGGAAAUUAACUUGAAGUGUGAUCCUUCAUGUUAUCCAAUGCCUUUGGUUGGACAGAAGACCCAUGGACCACCUGUUCUUUCGUACCUCUCAGAGUAAAAGUAAAUUCUGCCCCUAUUUUACCUCCCCCUGCUCACCCCACCCCACUUACCAAGAUUAAUGAGCAGCAGCAGCAUGCUUUACCAGCCAUCAGAAUAGAUAUAAGGACAGUCUACAUUUACGAAGAGAUCAACUAUAUUUAUUGUCAGCUUUGGCCAUUUUGUUGUUGUUACAUGAUGAAUUGUGAACAGUGACACCACCAAGGUCAUGGGCUGCCCAGGAGACUGAUUACAGACUUAGAACAAUUUGUACUUGAAUCACACCUGCAGUCUAGUCCUCAAGUGAGCCCUCCUUGUGUAUGCUGAAGUAUUAGGAUAUGUUUUUGUGAACAUAAAGCUAGGGGUCAAGGAAAGGAAGUGCUAAGGGUUUUAGCUUCAAGCCUAGAUUUGUUUAAGAGAAAGUACAGUGACAGAAAUGGGCCAUGGAUUCACUCUAGAAAGCUCUUUACUGGCUUGGUGUAUAUACAUACGUACCUAUUUAAAGGGCAGGAUCCCAAAAUGAAUGUCUUUCACCUUGCCCUUGAUGGUUCUUUCCAUCACGCUGCCUUGGCUUGGUUUUCUUGAAAAACCCACGCUCCCUGAGAAAUCACUCCACGUUCACAGAACAAGCACAUCCCCAUUCUCUCUGAGUGUGCUUCGAAUCCUCCUUUACUCUUGCAUGUGCCAUCAGCCUAGUCCAGGCCAGUACAAGAGACCUUUCUUCAGUGUCUGCAAGGCACUGCUUGGCUCUGUGAAGAAUAGCAAGAUGGAUUUCUAAAUCACGAAGAUUCCUCAUUCUUUAUUAAGCAUCACUCGCUGAAUGUUCACUGAGCAUCUGGUCUGUGCCUGACCCUGAGAUCCACACCAGGUAUAUAAUGGCAAAGAGAGCAGACAGGACUCUGACUCCAGGCAUCCUCUUUUACAUGCAUGUCCGUGUCCCUGAUCUGUCCCACCCAUCGCCGUUGGAUUAAUCUUUCUAAAAAAACUCUCUGGCCCCAAGGGGAUGUCACAUUGCCUCAGGGUGAGGGUUACUCCUUAGGGCCCGGUGUUCUCAUUCCCUUAUUCACCUUGUCCCAGCGCACCUCCAGGAAAGCCAUCAUUUGCCAUUUUCUACACCAGCCUCAUGUGCCCCACCUCUGCCUCUGUGCAAACCAGUCCCUCUCCUGAAAUGCCCCACCCUCCUCCCCACUAGCUCAAAUCACACCUGUCUCUCAAAGCCCCGACUUUGUCAGUUCUGUGUGAAGACUUCCUGCUCUUUAUAGUCUGUUCCUCCAGAAACAAAACAAUCAUCAUUUCCUUCCCUGAAGGUUGGAUAGGAAAGACAUGCUCAGAAGGUGGGCCACAUACCAUCAAAUAGUGAUUUUCCAUUUUUGUGUGUGUCAGGGACUCCAUUGAUAAUCUAAUGAGAGUUCUAUGUCAUAUUUCCAGAAGAGCACAUAUAUGCAAAUAUAUUCAAUUUUACAUAUAAAUUCAGGAGACUUAGAGGCCUCCUGAUUAUUCACGGUUUCCUUCCGGGGCUGAUGGACCCCAGUUGAAGAGAACUUGUUCCAAAGAGUCUUUGUUAUUGUUGUUAGUGUUUGUUCUUGUCUUUAACAUAGGAGAAAAAAUGGUGUGGGAUAUGCAAGCAAAAAUAAUCUCUAUUGUUAUCCACGUUGAGUAUCUUAUGAGUGACAGUAAGGAAGAAGAGUUAUCUUAUUUGAGAAAAUGUUUUGAAUUUUGAAAGUGAUAGAAUUUUGUUGUUGUUGUUAUCAUUAUCUUUUAACCACCCAAAAAGUUGACUUAUCAAAAUGAGUUCAGGGCACAGUGAGCUUCCUGUCAGCCCUGAAACCUACCAUCUCUGCAUGGAUAGGCUAACUGGCCUGGGGCUGAAGGUGGGAUGGGAGAGGCUGGAUUUUUCCUCACAGGAGAAAGAUCUGCACAAUCAGGUCUUUCGGUAUUCAUUCAUUCAUAAAACAAUUGUUGAGUGUAUUUUCAAUAAAAGAUUGGUGUCUUUUGUUGAUAGGAAACAACUCAGGUUCUUCUUCCUUUUGUUUUUUUUGUUGUUUUUUUCUUUGCAGAGUGAAAGUAUUUUUAUUGUUCCAGCCUAUGAUGCAGGAUCCUUUGUUCUCCUUUAUGUACAAUACUCUUUAAGUCAAACAAGAACUGAUAAAAGUACAUUCAGUGACAAAUACUUCUGAGUCUAUAUGAUGAGCUCUAGCAACUAUCUUUUACAGGUCCAGGCAUCAAAUGUGUGUGCUUAUGAAGAGCUUGAGUUUUAUUCAGCUGCUUCCAGUGGUCUGGCUGAAACUUGCACAGUUUCUAAGGAUGUCUUUGGUGGGUGGGAGGGAGGAGCCUCUUGGCUGUAGAACUUGUGCUAGUGUUAGAGGUAGAUGUAAACACAUGUGGGAUGUUUUUCUCAUGUGUAUUUCUUACCAGGAUCUUAGGUAUUUGGUCCCUGACUUUCAAGAAUAUCUUAAAGGUAUUUAAAUGUCCUCAUUCUUUACGAUAAGGUUACUGGAACCAGCAAUAUAUUGACCUUAGUCCCUUUGAGAUGAUUAUAGAGGGUACUGAAACACAGCUUAAAGGAAAGGAAUUCACUGUUUUGGAACUGACAGUGUGACUUUCUCAUCCAUUCUGACUUUUGCCAAGGCCGGGAACUUGUCCCCAGAUCCUACUGCUGGCUAGACCAUGACAAACUAGGUUGCUCAAAUUUCAUGAAGAUUUUUGCCUUAAAUUUACAAAUUGGUAGAAAAUAAAAAGGGACCAUUGCAAUAAAAAAACAAAUGACUUAUGCAUGUGGUCUAGCCAGCACCAAAUUCCUGAUGAUUUUAGUGAGGAGACAAGCCAUCUAGAAUAAAAAGAUGGAUAUAGUACCUUGGUGUUCUGUAUGCAAUUAAAUAAUUUCAGCAAUGAACCUAAUGGCCAUCUUGCAUUUUUGAAAUAAUCCACUAACUGUAGAAAUGUAUAUUUACCAUAAUCAGUUAAUUUUAUGAAAAGUAUGUAUUGCUAAAUAUGACUAAUUCACCUUCCACCCCUGCUGGCAAACUUUUAUUUUUAUUUAUUUAUUUUUACUUCGUGGCUCUGGAAUAGAGUAACUUUCGUUUAUUAGUAACGUUUAAACCUUUUUCCUUCUUUAGCUGUGUUUUUGUUUUAAUUACCCUAUGACUUAAAAAAAAUAGAAUCCAUCUUCUGAAUUGCCAUGUUAAUUAAUGGGGCCUAGAGAGGGAGCAGAGGGAAGAUAAUUGUUCAUUGGAGGCUUAGAAAGAGGAAUGCUCUGGGUAUUAACUAUCUCCCUCUUUAAAAAUCAGUUGAUGGGCUUUCCCCCUUAAUAGUUUGGAAUUGGAAGUGUUCUUUCAUAUUUGCUUCUACACCCAACAAGAGAUCAUAUUUGGCUUAUUAACACAUAAACCAUGUCCAAAUGGUUGCGUUUUUUACCUUUAAUGACUUGACCUGAGAUUUUGUUUGCAGCAAGUAGUCGAAAGACAAUGCGCAAAUUUUGUCAGACUUCUGCUUCAGUAUUGGUAACAUGUUUGUGUUCCUCCUGUCAAAAUGCUUUUGCCUCAAGUAAUACAUUUUGUGGGAUCAGAUCAUGCUUAUUGUAAACAUGUUUUAUUCCCCAGUAAUCUCUACAUCAUGCCGAAGUUCUGACGACUUGAAUGUCGAUGAGGGUGAUGGUGUCUCCACAGUGCUAGGUGGGAAAAUAAGGGUCUGAGUCUUUCAUUUGGUGGUGUGAGAAUUUCACUGAAUGGGAAGACAGAAAGAAAUAGUAACAAAUACCAGGGAUUCAAGUAACCAUGUGGUAUGACCAUGGUAGAGACGUGUCAGGCACGUUGAAGAUUUUCUAGGUGGUGGUGUCUUGCUAAAAUAAUAAAAAGUACAGGUUUAUAAAUCAAAUACAAAUGCAAUCUAUGUAGAGAAAAAUUUUUAAUGAGUAUAUAAGUGGCUGGUGCAGGAAGUGUUGAGGUAACAUUUAUCUGUAUCUUAAUUUCUGUGCUUCUGUCCCUAGAUGACCUCACCUGAAGUUAACCUAGGAUUGGGGAGCAGCUUAGAGGGGCUGGCCCCAAUAUGUUUUAUUCCUUUGGUUUUGGAAUUUCCUUCUAGUCUCUCAAAGUGUUUGUGGCAUAUAUUUUCAGUUUUGUAAAUAUGAAAUGUACAAAGUAAUGUACAGUUUGUUUUAGAGAAGUCCUUUAAGUGUUUGGAGAUGGCCCAUAUCAUGCCUAUUAGGCAGUGGUCUCCAAACCUUUGUGCUUAAUUCCUCCAUCAGUAAAACUUUCUGAGCAUGCCCUUCAGUGUAUUUAUUUAUGAUCUAUACAUAUGUAUAUAUGUAUACACUGCUGUAUAUGUAUAUACUGCUGUACUGAUGUAUACAUUAAAAACCAUAGCAAGCAUAGAACUUUAAAAGUAUAUUUUCUCGAUAGAGAAAAUUGAGUACAAUAGGGAGUACCAGAAAAUGAGAAUGGGACAAGGGGUCUUUAGGGGUAGCACCUAGCAGGCUGUAAUUGACUAGAGGGUGUGCAGGUAACAUUUGUAGCAAAGCAGAUAUAAAAUAGGCAUGGAUGCAUGAUCUUAGGUUAAGAUAUUUAAUUAUUUUUACUUAAAAUAGGCAUUUUUGGUUAGGGGAAGAAAAGGGUGAACAAUUAGAUGUUACUUCUAAGAGUGGUCUUUUAAAUUCUGCUUUUGGGACUACCUGAUCUAGAAUGCCUUGAAAAUCCCUGAAAGCUUUCCUGAUAUGGUGAUUUAAGCAAAACAAAAAAAAAAAAGAGAGGAUGGGGAGAUAAAUAAUACAAAUGCAGGAUGUAUUGCCUGAAAAUUUCAGUUCCAAUCUGAAAAGCAUGCUUUGAUAACCCUGGUAAUUCAUUAUCUCACUAAUUACAUGCCUUUCUUCUCUUUGUUUAUAACCUCAUGUCUCCAAAUGGGUGGAAGAUGUACAAACUUAUUUUCAGAUAUGCGAGAAAGGGGCAAUGUUGGCAUAACUGGAACCCGCAUUUCAGCUGCUUGGGGGCUGAUAGGUGAACACUACUUGGAAACAUUCACCUGCACCAUCUGUUUUGCAAACACAAUGAAUAGCAUCUUGAUAAAUGAAGACCCCAGUGUGGAGACAGCUUUCAGAGUGUUUAUUUCUGGACCUAUGAGUUACUUUAGUAGAGUUAUUGUUAGUAGUUUAUAAAGCCAUAUUUAAACUUGUACACUUGAUUGUAAUAUAGAUCUGAAUUGUGCACUAUGUUGAUUACUGUAUAUAAACGUGGAAAUUAUGUAUAUUUGGUCUUCAUGCUGUAUGUAUUUGGUGUGUAAAUGAUAACUAAUGGAUAUGAAAUAUCUUUCUGUGAAUGUCUUUAUUCCCAUUUGCUUCUUUUUUGCAAAUCUGAAUGUUUAAACUUUAUACCCAUGGGGAAAAUCUAAAGUGUUUGCAUCUAAUAUACUGUUAAGUGGUUGUCUCUUAGAUGAUGGGGAGAAUAAUCUAGUUGUAAGACUCUGGUAUAAUUAAAACAGAAGUGAUGCAUUUUUUAGGCA